AUGCACUUCUCAAUGCAUCUCACCUCUCUCCUUCCUCUCUUCCUCCUUUGCUCGCCCGCUUUCGCUCAGUAUGGUCAAAACUCCGCUUGCCCUCCCGGAUCCGCCAUCGAAGGCCUCACGCAAGCAGGCUACAGAACCGCCUGGACGAUCGACAGCAAGAACUGGACACGUCUGAACGAGGUUUUCACACAAGAUGUCUAUUACGACAGUGCCGCAUUAGGACAAUACGGCGGCAAAGCAGAAGGCAUUGAACAGACACGGGAAGCAUUGCAAAAAGCUGGCGAGGGAGCGAAGACUUCACAUGUGGUGACGAAUUUAUAUGUGGAGGAGGUGUUGAGUGAUGAAAAGGCGAGAGUUAUAACUUAUAUAACAGUUACGCACUGGGAUCUAAAGGCUUUAGACGACAUUAGCAAGACGUUCAGAGUCCAGUACUACUGUGAUGAUAUCUGGGUAUGCGAGGACCAAGCGUGGAAGAUGCAGCAUAGUGUGGUGACGAAUCUGGGCGUGGGAGUGGAGGCUCCGUACAAUACGCAAGUGGUUCCGGAGAAGGCGGCAUGA